AUGGCCACCAAUCUUUCACGCAUGUACAUCCUGUCAGCAGCGACUUCAUCGACACCAUUCCUCUACCAGACCCGAACUCUUUCGCAGUUAUCUCGUUCCCUCCGACCGCCUCAAAAACUCCACCGACAUUAUUCUACAGAGCGCAAUGGCAUAGAUCUGGAAGGGGAAAGCCAUGAAUCUUCAGCAGCCCAAGACGAGCAACAGCAAAAUGACUUCACGAAAUCAACACCCACGGAUCCUCCACCACGGCACAUAAGCUACUUGCGCCAUCGUGGUGCUUCAAUUCCUCGUCCAGAGCCAAAGCGCAAUAAGAAACAGACACCAAACAAGAAGUCAAGGACAAUCACUCGAAAUGAACGUGAGGCGUUCGGGGGGCUACUGAGCCGGUUGAAUAACGCGCAGCCUGAUCAAAGCCCGCUAGGGACCCAGGAACCAGCGCCCGUGCCAAAGACCGAUGACCUGAUGGCUAUCAUGAGCGUUUUUGAAUCGAUUCUGGAGGAUACACGUGCCGGUGCGAAAGAAUCCCAGACUGUCAAGAAAUCUCAAGAUGGCGUAUCAGCAGACAAGCAGGAGCAAGCCCUUCCUCGUCAAAACAACCAAGUAGAAGAAAAAAAUGAUGGAGCGGAUCAGAUUCACCUCAGAGAUCUGGGAUUCGAAGAAUUGUUUGAAAGUGCCGACGCCGAUGCCGUUGUCACCAUGGCAGAGGCAGUGAAUAUGGUCGUCGAGCGAGAGGCGAAGAGGAUUGAAAAAGAGCUUUUCCAAGCUGUGGAACAGGGCAAAGGUGAUUCAGGACUCUGGGCAGUCUGCAGGCAGCGGAUCUUCACCAUGAUAAGCCAUAUAGGAGGACCGGUGUCAACACCUGCUCAGGAUCCCGAUUCCAGCUCUAGCAGCAAUGUGCUCCAGGCCCCUGGUGCAUCCCCUUCCUCUGGUCCCUUGAACAUCCCGGCGGCAGUUCCAGCUGGCCCCGUAGUCGCAAAGCUCUAUCCGCAGCUUCUACUUCUCGCAUUCCGAAUCCUGAGUACUCAUUUUCCAGAGUCGCAACUCAUCAGCCAAUUCCGAACUGCGGCCAAGGCGCAUGGCCGGUCAUCUGCCUUCCUGGGAACCUCGGAGGUUCUUUGCGACGAGCUGAUGGCUUUCUACUGGUACAGCUGCAAUGACCUUCCCGCGGUAGUCUCAUUCUUGCGUGACAUGGAUAAUGCUGGCCUGGAUCCAAGUCGUCGAAUCCGCAAGCUUUUGCGAGACAUUGUUCGCCAGUAUGACCAGGACGUGAAGUCACGACGAAAGGCCAAGGGUGAAUCAUUCUGGGACGCACCGCCAAAUAAAAAGGCAUUCCAAGAGCUCGUAGGGUCGGGUGGAUGGAUCGAAACCCUUCAGUCUCGGAAGCGUCAGCGGCGCAGCACCGCCAUCCCCGUCCCUAAGAUGUAA